UCCAACCGCACUCAGAACUGGUUUGAGAUUAGUCGCAGCCCAGGCUGUUAUUUUAGGAAACCAGAAGCUCGAGAAUUUGCACUCUCCUUAUAGGCGCCGACUCCCAAACCCUCCUUUAAGCACAAGUUCUUCAAAAGACAGGACGACACCAUGAAGGUCCACAUCCUACUUUGGGGUACCCUGGCCGUGCUUUGGGGAGCUACUCUGGUGGCAGCUCUGGAUGAUGAAGAAGACGUCCUCGUUGACAACAAGUGUAAAUGUACAAGGGUAACAUCCAGAUUUGUCCCUUCCAAAGAGAACCCCAAUGUGGAAGUUCUGGAACGAAACAUACGAAUCAUAAUCCCUCUGAAGACUCGACAGAAUGUCUCCGACCCGACUUCACCUCUGAGAACCCGUUUUGUCUACGAGUUAUCUAAGCUGUGUCAGAAAUGCGACCAAACGGAAGUGGAGCUGGACCACGAGGUUGUCACCGCCACACAGGGUAGCGGCUGUGACCAGCCCAGCGAUGACUGCUACACGUACGAUCGAAACAAGUGCUACAUGUCCACCAUCCCCUUCACCUACGGUGGGGAGACCAAAAUGGUGAACACAGUCCUGACCCCGGAGUCCUGCUAUCCUGAUUAAUUCCCCCCGACCCGACUCUGCCGCUUUCCCUCCUGUGGUCUUCCCAAGCUGACCAACCAACUUUCACCCUAUUCAUACCUUGAGAGCAAAGCCGCACAUGUCCGCUUGUAGAACUGCAGUGCCUAGUUUGUUCCCAAUGAUCGGAAAGCUAAAAUCCUCAAAUUGCAGGCUCAACCUUAAAAGAUUUACCUGGAAUCUCGGGCAUUUUCAUUGGGCUGUUAGGCAUCUGUUUGAAGCUAUUCUUUUCUCCCCUUAACCAUGUGACCAGGAAGAAUUAAUAUGCCCCACACACGUCCGCUUGUAGAACUGCAGUGCCUAGUUUGUUCCCAUUGAUCGGAAAGCUAAAAUCCUCAAAUUGCAGGCUCAGCCUUAAAAGAUUUACCUGGAAUCUCAAACAUUUUCACUGGGCUGUUAGGCAUCGGUUUGAAGCUAUUCUUUUCUCCCCUUAACCACGUGACCAGGAAGAAUUAAUAUGUCCCUUCUCACAAAGCAGCAAGGGAGUGGAAGCUCGGAGUCCGGACCGAUAUCUUAGACACAUUCUGGAAAAAGGAUCUUAUUUUUAGCUCCUUACUGGCUCGCUCAGGGGAGUGACACUUCUUAUAUGACAUCCUGUUCUGUGAACAUUAGCUGCAGGCCUGUGCCUAAGGCCCAUGAGAAGAGAAACAUCCACAUGCACUUGAUCCUCUAAUGAGCAAUGCACUUAUUGGUAAAUCACAAAUCAGUUUAAUGAAUAUUUUCAGGAAAAAAGUAGGCUGAAAAAAAGGCAACUCGAUAUCCUCUCUGAAGGUAGGCUUCACUGAAAGUUGUCUAUUUAAAGGCAUAAUAAAAACAGUGGUUAUUUUAGGUGAGAAAUUUCACUUACAAUCCAAGGUGACUUGAAUCCAGCUACCUACUGUAUUUGCUUUCAAAUCGUUUCAUUUAUACUCCAAGGUGAUUUGAACUUAACUCCCUACUCCAUUUACUCUUAAAUUGUCUCUCCAUGAAAGCCAACAAGUCAUAGAAAUUUGAAUCCACGGUUCCUCCUCACAGCCUCAGGAAGAAGAGGUGUUGGUCUUUAAGCUGGCUGAUGCGGAGCUUGUCUAAAUUUUGUUAAAAAAAAAUUGCUUCAUGGAUUCACAGAGUUGUCCUGAGAAAUUCUGGUAUGGCUUCAUUUAUGCUGCAAAAUUGCAUGUAUGUCUACAUAUGAGUUCCUUAACCUGAAAAAUUAAAUAUCUGCAUAAGAAA